GACUAUUAACUACUAUUAACUUCUACAAUUAUCGAAUUUUAUUUACUUAAAUUUGCGCUGCCCCAUUUCUGAUCGGCGAUUGUCGGAGAUCCCCCUAUUCACCGCCGUCGAUUCACCAAAAUCGGACCCGAACUUCGACCCACUCAAAAUCUCAUGUCCCUGUUCGCCGAAUCUUGAUGGCAAAAACCCUGAUCCAUGAUACUAUCAUACCAUUCUGUACUCUCCACUGUCUGUUUUAAAAAAAGGUCUAUGCUUGUACUUGAUGUGGAUUGACAGUACACUGAGGUUCGUAAAUUAGUUCGCAAUCUUGAAUUGUUCGAGCUCCCAAAGACACGUGGCGAUCUGGGUCUUGUUUCGCUUCCAUUCUAGCUCAAAUCUCAGUGAGAUAAGAAAAUGCAGAUAUAUGUGAAAUUUAAGCUGCUUACACUGAGAAGCAUUCUGGGCUGGUUGUAGUUUUGCUUUCAAGAGCUUGGCUUCUUGCAUUGCAAGUGAAUUUGGUUUCUACAUGGAAGCGAACAUAGAGGAGGCUCUUAAGGCAAAAGAAAUCGCUGAGAAGCGAUUUGCUGAGAAAGACUUUGCAGGGGCAAAGAAUAAUGCAUUGAAGGCUAAAACUUUAUAUCCCAAGAUGGAGGGGAUAGCUCAAAUGGUGGCCACAUUUGAAGUUUAUGUUGCUUCUGAGGUUAAAUGCAAUGGCGGAGUUGACUAUUACUCUGUUCUUGGUUUGAAGCCUUCUGCGGAUAAAGAUGCCAUCAAGAAGCAGUACAGGAAAUUGGCUGUGCUAUUGCACCCUGAUAAGAACAAAACAGUUGGGGCAGAUGGGGCCUUUAAACUCGUAUCUGAAGCAUGGACUCUGUUAUCUGAUAGUUUUAAUAGAACUUCCUAUGAUUUCAAGAGAAAGAAGCAGAACAAUCCAUCUCAUGCUCAAAAUGCUGGGAUUGCAGGACAUAAUAAAUGUUCUGAUUCAUCGGCUUCUCAUGGACUUGAUACUUUCUGGACUGCCUGCACCUCUUGUAAAGUUCAGUAUGAAUAUCUUCGUAAGUACGUUAAUAAAAGACUUUCGUGUAAGAAUUGCCGUGGUACUUUCAUUGCUGUGGAGAAUGGGACUGCCCCGGUUAGUGGUUCUUUUCCUUACUCUCCUUGGUCUUAUGUACCAAGUAAUGGAUAUAGCAGUCACGGAUAUGAUGGGGUUACAUAUGUCCCAACCAAUGGAAAUUAUUUUGCAGGAAAUGGAUACCAUUCCGGACACGGAUAUGAGCAUGUCUCUAAUGUGUCAUUUCAGUGGACAUCAUACCCUGGAAGUUCUACUGGAAUCACGAGUCCUAAUGGAUCAUGUGCAUUCUCCAGUGAUACCGUUUAUCAGGCUAAUGGAAAUGUUCAUGUAGCUGGAGCAAAAGCCAAAGCAAGGGCCAACGGAAAACGUACAAUGAGAGAUGCUAUUGCUAACAUAAAUUCAAAUGUAUCUGCUGGACGUAAUGAAGUUUCAGGAUCUAAGGGCAGUAGACCCGAUAAAAGAAGGAAGAUUAUUGGGGGUGCCAGCUUCAGAAAUGGAUGUGAAGAAAAGGGAUCACAGUAUGCUUCUGAAGGAAGAUUAGCUAAUGAAAGUGCAAACAUUGUGUUUGACUCGAAGAUGCCCAUUUCAAAUGAGAUUUCCACCAGACCUUCCCCCAUUGCACCUGCAUUUGAUGCUCGAAAGAUGUUAAUGGACAAGGCAAGGACAGAAAUUCGGAAUAAACUGGAAGAAAUUAAGUUAGCUUCCGCUGAAGUCAUUCAAUCUGGAGAGGUUUCAAAAAAAGUAAAUUCAGAUCUUUCUGGUCAUUCAAAGCCACUUAAAAGUGUGCCAGUCUCAAUAACUGUCCCUGACCCUGACUUCCAUGAUUUUGACAAAAAUAGAUCAGAAGAAUGCUUCAAGCCAAAGCAGAUAUGGGCUUUAUAUGAUGAAGAUGAUGGUAUGCCUCGUUUGUAUUGUCUGAUCCGUGAGGUUGUCUCAGUUUCACCGUUCAAGAUUCACAUCACUUACUUGAACUCUAAAACUGAUAGUGAAUUUGGCUCAGUCAAUUGGGUGGGUUCUGGGUUUACCAAGUCUUGUGGAAACUUCAGAACAUGGAAUUCUGAUGUUAUUGAUCAAGUCAAUGUUUUUUCCCAUGUCUUGAGGGGGAGGAAGGCUGGCAGGGGUGGUUGUAUACGUAUAUACCCUAAAAGUGAGGACAUUUGGGCUGUUUACAGAAAUUGGUCACCCGAUUGGAACAGAUCAACCCCCGAUGAUGUGAGGCAUCAGUAUGAAAUGGUAGAGGUGCUUGAGGAUUACUCUGAAGAGCUUGGAGUUUGGGUUACCCCUCUUGUUAAAUUGGCAGGGUACAAGACAGUAUACCAAAGCAAUACAAACAAGGACUCCAUAAGAUGGAUUCCAAGGCAAGAAAUGUCCCGAUUUUCGCACCAGGUGCCGUCCUGCUUGCUUGAUGGGGAAGCAAGUAAUUUGCCAGAGAAGUGUUGGGAUCUUGAUCCAGCUGCAACACCAGAUGAGCUGCUCCACUCAAUAACAGAAGUGAAGACCUGAAACCUGGUCAAUCAAUUCCAGAUUUGUCUGAGUCCUUCUAUCAUUCUUAUAGAGAAAUUUAGGUUGACUCUAGUACUUUACAAUAUUUCACACAUGGCUAACAGCCAAUACAACUUUAACCUGUCAAUUGACUUUCGACAGUACCAUGUUUAUUGAGGAAUACUCCUGUGGAAUCCCAAAAUGUACUGAUUACUUGUUGACAGAAUGCCACUUCUUGGAGCAUUGGAACUGUAACCAUUCUUCUGUUUCCCUGAUAGCAAUUGUGUGAGUUGGAUCA